UAUGCAAAGCAGCUGCCCGACUCCGGCUGCCGGGGCUGCGCUGCCCCCGGAGCCCGGGACUGUCAUGCGGUGGCCGCGCGGCGGGACGCUGAGUCCCGGAGUGGCUCCGUAAGCGCGGCCCAGGGGACACCCGGAGGGGCUGAAGAUGAAGGUGCCCGCGCGUGGGCCCCCGCUGAUUGCCAAUCCCUGUGCAGCCCGCGCCCCGCGCCGAGCCCCAGGCAGCCGAGGACCCGCCUUCGCCGCAGCAGCAGCGGCAGCGGCAGCAGCUGGAGCAGCCCCCGAGGCGGCGGCGACGGCGGCGGCGCGGGGGGCGCGAGCUCCGGGGCCGCCGCGGGCCCGGUUGCCAUGAGUUGUGCGGAGGUGAUGUAUCACCCGCAGCCGUAUGGAGCGCCCCAGUAUCUGCCCAACCCCGUGGCCGCGGCCACCUGCCCCACUGCCUGCUACCACCCGGCGCCCCAACCUGGCCAGCAGAAAAAGUUAGCGGGAUACAGCAAGAUGCAGGACUCUCUGGAAGUCAACCUUCCCAGCAAACAAGAGGAGGAGGAGGAGGAGGAUGAGGAGGAGGAGGAGGAGGAGAAAGACCAGCCUGCCGAGAUGGAGUACCUUAACUCUCGCUGUGUCCUUUUCACUUAUUUCCAGGGAGACAUUGGGUCAGUAGUGGAUGAACACUUCUCAAGAGCUUUGGGCCAAGCCAGCACCUUCCAUGCAGAAUCUGCCAUUUCAAAAAGCAAGAUGGGGCUAACCCCACUAUGGCGAGACAGCUCAGCUCUGUCAAGCCAACGGAAUAGUUUCCCAACUUCCUUUUGGACCAGCUCUUACCAGACCCCACCUGCACCUUGUGUAGGGGGAGUUCAUGCUGACUUCCAGGUCACUGCCCCCCCUGGCGCCUUUACUGCAGCUGACCCGAGCCCCUGGCCAGGACACGGCCUCCAUCAGACUGGUCCAGCCCCUCCCCCUCCAGUUUCCGAGUCCUGGCACUAUCCUUUGGCAUCUCAGGUGAGCCCAUCCUACAGCCACAUGCACGAUGUGUACAUGAGACACCACCACCCCCACGCCCACAUGCACCACCGCCAUCAUCACCAUCACCAUCACCAUCAUCCUUCUGCUGGCUCCGCCCUGGAUCCUUCCUACGGGCCCCUGCUGAUGCCAUCCGUGCGUACAGCCAGGAUUCCUGCUGCCCAGUGUGACAUCGCAAAGACAGAUCCGACUACAGUGACCACUGCUACCUCAGCGUGGGCAGGAGCCUUGCACGGAACUGUGGAUAUAGUGCCAAGUGUGGGCUUUGAAGCAGGUCUGCAGCAUCAAGACAAGAGCAAGGAUUCACCUUGGUACUGAAAUGCACAGUAUUAGCAAGUUGGGUUAGAGUAUGAAUCCAAGGGCCCACUGGUAAAAGAUGCUGCCAGGAUUUUCUGUUCUGCAAUGGGACACAAUGGACUUGGUGAAGAGGAAAUGUCAGUCAGUUUGACUUUGGCUUGGAACCUUUCCUUGAGAAGAAGAGUGGGUCCUAGACAUUAAAGAGAAGCAUUUUUGUGUGUUCCCCCCUCAUCUGAGCCUUUGCCGACUGUGCAACUCUAUUUUUUGUCUUACUUUUAUCAAUACAUGGUCUUAGUUUUAUUCAUUUUUUCUUAACCAGUCACCUUGUCAGGAAAAGAUGAACCACAGAUGAAAAUGCUCGUUCUUUCAGGAAUACAAUUUUGUAGCUCUCUGUGCAUCUAUUUUUGUAGAAAUACAGAAAGUUUGAUUUAGCAUUGAUGGGCUAUUUUUGAGGGAUGUAUUUUUUUUUAAUAUUGUAAGAAUCAUUAAGUUCUGUUUAAAGAACUUGCUCUCAGAGAAGCACUGGCAAAAAUGUUUAAAAUGCUUGUUUUAAGAUGUCUGUGACAUACUCUGUGCUUUCUAGGUUACCUCAAGUGUUUUAAUAUGUUUCUCCGUUUUACAAAAGUAGCGCCAUGCAGCCAAACCAAAAUAGUAUUGUUUCACAUUAAAUCUCACUGAAGAUUUAAUUCCAUGCAGCUCAUUUAGCUUUGAAUUACAUGUAUAGCUUGGAAAAGAAAUGACCACACUAAAGAAAGGAUAUUUCAUUACUUUGAUUUCUCCA